AUGGCCGAUCAGUACGAGGGUGCCGCGGUCCCGGUCGAGGCCAGAACGCAGAAAAGAGGGGAACGCAAAGGCGGAAGGGGAGGCGGGCAGCCUAGGGAGGUGUUGAUUUCCAAGGCUCUUUCCAAGCUUUUGAGGCACCAGGCCGAGAACGCUGGGCUGAAGCUUGAUGAAGGCGGGUAUGCGCCGCUGGACAAGGUGCUCGCCUAUGGUCCCAUCCGCUCGCUGCAGGUCAGCUUCGCCGACAUACAGGCCGCCGUAACGACGUCGGACAAGCAGCGCUUCGCCCUCAAGCCCAACGCCGUGACGAACCCGUCGCUGGACGAGAAGUCGACCGAACCCUCGCACUGGCUAAUCCGAGCGAACCAGGGCCACAGCAUCAAGGUCGACUCGGCGGGCCUCUUGACUCCCAUCACCUUGGAUGCGGGCAACGUGCCCGAGGUCGUGGUGCACGGGACCUACUUUGCCUUUUGGAGGGCCAUCGAGGAGUCCGGGGGCCUGGCGAGGAUGGGAAGGAACCACGUGCACUUCGCGACGGGCCUUCCCGGGGACGAGCAGGGCGUCGUGAGCGGGAUGCGUCGGGACGCCGAGGUGCUGGUGUACGUCGACGUCGAACGGGCGCUGCGGGAAGAGGAGGGGAUGCGGUGGUGGGUCAGCGAGAACGGGGUCGUCCUGACGGAAGGGGACGAGGAGGGGCGGGUGCCGACGAGGCUCUUCCGGGAGGUCCGCGCGAGGGACGAGACGUCGGGCGUCGGCGUGCUCUGGCUGGAUGGGGAGAAGGUCGGGGAGCUGCCCCAAGGGUUGCGGAUGAGGGCGCCGCCGAACAAGGGGCGGGGCGGUCGCGGAGGCAGGAGGGGCGGAAGGGCGUGA